AGUGACUCAAAAACCCGUUUAAAUUUUUCGAAGCCCAAAAUUUUCUUUCCAAAAUACCCUUCGUCGGCACACCUACUGACUGACUCACAUGUCACGUUCCUCCACCGCUUCGCCUACGCUCUCCACCACCACCUCCCCCAACCAUUCCCCUUCUCUCCAUCUCCCCACCGCUUCGAUGUCUGACGACGAGAACGGCGGAGCGCCUCUAUCUCAUCCCCUGCCAGUCACUACAAAAACAGAGUCUUUAUCGGAGACUCCGAAAUCGGAGGGUUACACUUCGACCCGGACCCCGACGUUUCCCGUCAGGGAGGAUUGCUGGUCGGAAGAGGCGACUCGGACGCUGAUUGAGGCCUGGGGGUCCCACUUCCUGGAGCUAAACCGUGGGAAUCUCCGGCAGAAGCACUGGCAGGAGGUUGCCGACGCCGUCAACGCCCUCCACGCCCACACCAAGAAGCUCCACCGCACCGACGUCCAGUGCAAGAAUCGCGUCGACACCGUCAAGAAGAAGUACAAGAUCGAGAAGACUAAGGUCGUUCAAUCUAACGGCCGAUACGCCUCCACGUGGCCUCACUUCGACAGCCUCGACUCCCUCAUCGGUGAUACCUUCUCGAAGGCUAAUAGUGUCCCUAGCAAUGGCCAUAAGAAAAACCUCCGUCGAAGAGUUUCUCUAUCGCCGGAAGUUUCUACCUCGCCGCCGCCGGCGAAUAAAAAGAUGACCCACUACCGGAAAAGAUCGCCGGAGUCGAUUACUCAUCUACCCAAGGUCCCAUGGUCGGUGCCGGUGGGCCCAAGGUCAAAGCGGCCCGGGAAUGGGAAUUUGACAGAGAGGAAUUUCUCUGUGAUGGCCGCAGCUGCAGCAGCAGUUGAGGCCAAAGAAGGGGAGGAAGAGGAAGAUGAAGAGGAUGAGGAUGAAACAUGGCUGAGGCAGCUGCCGGUUGUGGAGAGGAAAAAGCGGAGGUUGGUUGAGGAGGGGGACGGGUCGGUAGGCGAUGGUUAUAGGAGGUUAGCCAAGGCAUUAUCGAGGCUAGGGGAUAUAUACGAGAAAGUGGAGUCGGCCAAGCAGAGGCAGAUGGUGGAGUUGGAGAAGCAAAGAAUGCAGUUUGUCAAGGAUUUGGAGAUUCAGAGAAUGAAACUUUUCAUGGAUUCCCAGGUUCAGGUUGAGAAACUGAAGCGCAUGAAGAACCAUUCACGAAAUAGUACAGUCUGACAAUCCCCGACUGAUCAUUUUGGAAAUUACCAGUAGAUUUCAGUUAGCUUGGAAUAUACAUGCAGUUCUUGGUAAUUUAGAUUAUUACCGUAGAUACUUCGGCUUGAAGCUUGGUUGCUCUAGUGCCAUAUAUCUUGGGAUGAACAUGUUGCCUAGUGUAGUUUCUCUCUAUCUGGCUUUCUUGAGACAACUAAUCAUUAAUUUAAUAAUUUGUAAUUUGUAAAUCUUGGUUUAUACUUUUUGUUCCAACCUUCAUCCAUUCUCUUGGUUUUCUUCUUUGAACUGGAGCUCAUUAAGAAUAGAAAGUGAUCCUUCAUGGAACUCCACCCUUUUAAUG